AAUAUUAGUGGCAACACUGAUCGAGUAUUCUAUAUCAGUUGCUAUCUUGUCAACAUACUUAACCUAAAAGUGUACUUAACCUGUACAUCUCUUAUAUUUAUUUAUAAAUAACAAUUUUCGUGAUUGAUUUUAUUAUAUUAAGCUAAAAACAUGUCGGAACGUAAAGUUUUAAAUAAAUAUUAUCCACCGGAUUUCGAUCCAUCAAAAAUUCCUCGUAUGAAAUUAGCCCGCAAUAGACAAUAUACGGUACGUUUAAUGGCUCCUUUUAAUAUGAGAUGCAAAACUUGUGGAGAAUAUAUUUAUAAAGGAAAAAAAUUUAAUGCCCGUAAAGAAGAUGUUGAAGGUGAUGAUUAUUUAGGAAUACGAAUUUACAGAUUUUAUAUAAAAUGUACUCGGUGCCUUCAAGAAAUAAGUUUCAAAACAGAUCCUAAGAAUACAGAUUAUGAGAUCGAAGCAGGUGCCACUAGAAAUUUUAUGGCUCUAAAAUUAGCAGAGGAACAAGCACAAAGAGAAGAAGAUGAAGAAAAAGAAGAAGAGGCUACUAAUCCAAUGAAACUUUUAGAAAAAAGAACAUUACAAUCAAAACAGGAAUUAGAAUUGUUAGAAUCUUUAGAAGAAUUAAAAGAUUUGAAUCGUAGACAGCAAACUAUUGAUUAUGAUCAAAUGUUAGAACAAUUUGAUACAGAAACAGCUAAACAAAGAACUGAAAAAGAACAAGAAGAAUAUGAUGAAGAAUGUGUUAAAGCAAUAUUUGGUAAAAAAAUUAUUGUAGAAGAAGAAAUUGUAGAAUUAGAUGAAAAUGAAACUAAUGAACCACCAAAAAAAAUAAUGAAAAAAAAUAAAAAUAAAAAUGAGAACAAUAUAUCUACAAUAAAACAAGAAAAAACUAAAGAGAACCAAAGGAUAAAACCAUCUGAAACAUCAUUAUGGUCUGAAAGCACAUCAUCAUCAUCGAAUAGAAAAAACUUGUUAGGUAUAGUUAAAAGGAAAACAAACUUAGUUACUAAAGUAAAUAUAAAUUCUUCAGUAACUAAUGCAGAUAAGAAAGAAAUUCAAACUGUGACAAGCAAAGAAACAGGUAUUUCUAUGGAAGAACAUAAAAUAUCUGAAAACACACAUAAUUUAACAAACAAUAGCAACAACGGUCUUUCCUUACUGGGAACAUAUUCUGGCAGCAGUGAUAAUGAUAGUAAUUAAUAUUGUGUUCAAUAUUGUAUAUAUAAUUUAAUUUUAUAACAUUUAUUAUAAAAUAAAGUAUGCAUACAAAACAUACAAGGAUAUAAAUAAGCCUCAUCGGAUAUAAUGGUGUAAAUCAAUAUAUCAAUAAUUUUUUAACUUUUUUAACAAAUUCAAAAUAUAAAAUUACUACUCAA